CCUCUCUCUCUCUAUCUAUUUCCCAGUUGUUAGAGCAUUUAAUUCCUCUAAACUGAUUCUCUCAGAAACAUUGAUACCACCAGUGGUUUUGACCAUUUGGAUGGUUGUUUGGGUUGUCCAUGUCGAUUGACUCCAGUAAUUCUCUCGAUUUGAUUUUCUUACGAUCCUACAUUCUUUUUGUCAGGUCCCCCCUUGCUUAGCCUCUGGAACAUUCCUAGUCUUGAUUCUCUAGUGUUGAUUUAUUUACUGUUAACAGGCACUUUGUUUUGUGUCAAGGUUUAUUUACUUCCUAGCCAUCUACACGACAGCGUAAUCUUGUGGAUGGCUUGGUUGGCCUUUCUUCUUUACAGCGAACAACUGAAUUAUGGAUGGUGUUGCAGGCACCUUUUGAAUUCACCGGGCAACAGAAGGAAGGAUUUCCAUUCCUGAAAUCCUGCAUUCUCAUCAAAUUUCAUUAUUCGUGAACUCUUGGAGAGAACAAUAGUGAUUACAAAGACUUCAUUUUUUGAUUUGCAGAGUUACUACUUAAAUUGUGCUCAUGGAGAGUGCACAACAUUGCCAUGCUAAUCCAAGCAAUAGAGGCUGUGUUGGGAUGGUGCUUUUUGCUCAUAGCUGUGUAGUUCUUUCUGAGGAUGGUAGGAUCCUUGGGAAUAGCAUAUGUGAGUAAUUUUCUAGACAAUGGUUGAACAUGCUAAGGGGCAUUGAUGAAAUUAGAGAUCCAGGAAUAACCUAAUAUCUCUUGUUAUUGCUGCCUUGCUAGCUUUGACAUGAUGGAUCUCAUCUGCUACAAUUUCACAAAGUGGAUUCAUAAGAGGCCAGUCAUAUUUUGAUUGUUCACUGGGGAGCCCUUUUAUUUAUGUGGGAGGAUUUCUGAAACUGUAAAACAUUGGAUGUGAUAAUACAAUGGCGGAAACUCCAGGCAUGGUACAAGGAUAGAUGUAAGAAUUCUGGGUAUGAUGUGUCAGAACUGUGAGAAAGUUUAUAUUCUUGUGGGCAUGAAGCUUGCAUCUAGAGAUUUUAGUAAAUACCUAUUAACGUAGAGAGAAGAUUUUGGCUGUCUUAUAAAUCUUUCUUAAUUCCGAUCUUUACAUGAUCAACAAAUCUUUUUGGCAUAUCCAUAAAUUGAUCUCAUUCUGGAGCAAGUGAUUUUAGAGGUGGGAUUUCUUUUGCUCUUUCUAGUUUCUGCUCCGGAACCUAACUCCUCUUAGACUUUGGGGUUGCAUUAUUAUGGGGCAUAGGCAUUUGUUUGGCAAAUCCCAACUUUUUGACAUGGAACCUGAUCAGAGCCGGAACCAUAUACCUGCUGAGCAGCCUUUUGUGCAUUUGGGCAGGGUCGGUCAUCCAGAAAAUGGUUCUGUUGUUUUUCCUGUUGAAAGUAUUUCGACAACUGGGGUAACUUCUGCCUCCCAGUGGAAUUCAGCAUCGAGGUCAAAUGACUAUCCAUCAUCGAGUAUCAGCAUGGAAGUACCACAUUAUCGACCGGCUUCUGGAGGCUCAUCUUAUGAUCCCUUCCUGCAGCCAUCAGCUGUUGGGAGCUACUGUCCAGCCUCACAGAAUUAUACUCACCAUGCAUCUUCUUCUAGCUAUUACAGAGACACAAUUCAUGGUGUUGAGGGAAGUGCUGUCAAUCCUACUGUUGGUGGUGGAAGAGGGUCACGUAAAAGAAAAAGCCCAGCAAUUUCUAUGGUCUGUGAGAGAGGCAGUAGUAGCAGAUACUACAAUACUGGAAGUUCCUCUGAUGUCCGUAUUUCCCCCAAUGUGCAGCAGGAGAAACCUAAUUUACAUUCUCAACAUUGGGUUUGGGAUCCUAUCAGCAUAAACUCCAGUUAUAGAGGUGGAAGUCUGUCAAUUGGGAAUGAAGGUUCACAAAGGAAUGUAAGAAGCCGAUCUGCUCUUGAUUUGGAAGCGAAUCUAGCUAGAACCCACUUAUCAAGCAGUGUUUCUCGCCAUCCCCAUUCAUCUGGCUAUCCAAUCGAUCAUUCUGGCAUGAUGGAUCUUGCUCGUCUUGGUGUUAAUGCAACCACUCAGGAAUGGAGCCAUAAUUCCGUUUCUCCUGCUGCUCGAGGAAUAAUUCCAGCUUUAGAUACCACUAGCUCGAGUCACGAGACCAACCAGUUUUUGGGAGUCUGCAAUGGUAAUGGUUCUGUAGAGAUUGGUGGGUACCAGAAUGAUUGCAUUUUGAGCAGAAAUCCUGCUAUUCCUCCACAAAAUCUUCAUGGUAACCCAAUUCAAGCUGUGAGGAGUGGUCGCAGUGGCUAUUACCAAUCAUCAUCUACACCCGCUUACAGGGCCUCUUUGAGCUACCCACGCUUGGGGCACAUCACAUAUUCUUCAGAAGAUGUCCUGCAGUUGGCAUCUGAAACUUAUUCUUCGAGAUAUUUAAGGUCAUCAUCUACUGUGGGGUGGCGUAGCAAUGACAGGAAUGGAAGAUCUAGGAUACCUUAUGAAAGGUUCCGAUCACUUUCUGAUGAGGCAGGUGCCCGUGGUAGAUUGGUAUCCGAGGGUCUUAUGAUAGAUCGCUCAGCCUUUUAUGGUUCCAGGAAUCUGUUUGAUCAGCAUAGGGAGAUGAGGCUAGAUGUAGACAACAUGAGUUAUGAGGAACUCGUCGCUCUAGGAGAAAGGAUUGGGAGUGUCAACACAGGCUUGUCAGGAGAUACGAUUUCAAAGUGUAUGACAGAGACAAUAUAUUGUUCCUCAGAUCAAAUACAGGAGGAGGAAGGAACUUGUGUGAUCUGCCUGGAAGGGUACAAGGACAGGGAAGAGGUUGGGACAUUGAAUAACUGUAGCCAUGAUUAUCAUGUGAAUUGUAUCAAGAAAUGGUUGUCUAUGAAGAAUGUCUGCCCGAUCUGCAAGACACCUGCUCUAACUGAAGAUGAUGAUUCGAAGGAUGAAUAGCUCUUUUUUGCAUAAAGAAUAUGCAUGGGGCUUUGUCCAUCUUGUAAAUAUAUAGGACUCAUAGACAGUCUCCUAAAGGAAGGAGAUAGACUAGCCUGCAAAAUUUGUAUAGGGAUGAUGUUCAAUUUCAAUUUCUUUAGUUAUUCAC